GAAUAACAAGCUGGAUUUGUAAUACAACCUGAGAAGCAUGUGGAACUUUUUUUCCAUUUGGAAAAGUAUAACACAGGAAUAAUUUUUAAAUGGCAGGAAAACUUCUUAUGGCAGAGCCUUUAUUUGCAGAGGGGAGGUGAUUGUUGAAUUCCUUUAUGCUGAGACGUGUCAGAGGCACGAAGGUAUCACGCCACCAAGAACGCAAGUCCAUCUGCCCUGAGGAAACAGGAAAAGAGUACUCUUGCUGGAGUGUCUAAAGGAUGUGAAGUUAGCUUCCAAGAUGACUCUUUUAACAGGAGAAAAUUCUGAUUAUGACUAUAGCGCCCUGAGCUGUGCUUCAGAUACCUCCUUCAAUCACACAUUCUUUCCAGAAACAGAAACCCUCAAGGGAGUCUUUUACCAAAGAGCCAAGCUAGUUCACCCUGAAGAGGAUCUCUUUAAAAGCAUUCACCCUGAGGACCGGAAGCAUCAUAUCAUCAUAAAUGUAGGGGGCAUUAAAUACUUGCUGCCCUGGACCACACUUGAUGAGUUUCCCCUGACGCGCUUGGGCCAAUUGAAAUUUUGUAAUAAUUUUGACGACAUUCUAAACAUUUGCGAUGAUUAUGAUGUGACGUGCAAUGAAUUCUUUUUCGACCGUAACCCGGGGGCGUUUAGGACAAUCCUGACAUUUUUGCGGGUUGGGAAGCUUCGGCUCAUGCGAGAGAUGUGCGCUCUUUCUUUCCAAGAGGAGCUGCUCUACUGGGGCAUUGAGGAGGACAGUCUGGAAUGGUGCUGCAAGAGGAGGUAUCUGCAAAAAAUGGAGGAGUUUACAGAAAUGAACGAAAGGGAGGACGAUGACCUCAUAGAGAAUGAAAACCCAGGCGAAACAGUGGAGGAGACAAGAGCCAGCCUGUGCAUGAAAAAGUUACAAGACAUGGUGGAGAGGCCUCAGUCUGGGCUUCCUGGGAAAGUAUUUGCAUGUCUGUCUGUAUUGUUUGUGACCAUUACUGCAGUGAACCUAUCCAUCAGCACCAUGCCCGACUUAAGAGAGGAGGAGGAGAGAGGUGAAUGCUCCCAGAUGUGCUACAAUAUUUUCAUUGUGGAGUCUGUCUGUGUGGCGUGGUUUUCCUUGGAAUUCCUGUUGAGAUUCAUUCAGGCAAAGAACAAGUUUGUAUUUCUGAGGAGACCAUUAACCCUGAUUGACAUUAUUGCCAUUCUGCCCUAUUAUAUCACUUUACUAGUAGAUACCACUUCGGUGGGCUUUAAAAAGCCAACCUCUGGCAACAUCUAUCUGGACAAAGUAGGUCUGGUGCUCCGCAUACUCCGUGCCUUGAGGAUUCUAUAUGUCAUGCGGCUGGCCAGGCACUCCCUCGGCCUGCAGACUUUAGGACUCACCGCUCGCAGGUGUACCCGGGAGUUUGGACUCUUGCUGCUCUUCCUCUGCGUGGCCAUUGCGCUUUUUGCGCCGCUCUUGUAUGUCAUUGAGAAUGAGAUGGCGGACUCACAGGAGUUUACCAGCAUCCCUGCGUCCUACUGGUGGGCAGUAAUCACCAUGACAACAGUAGGCUAUGGCGACAUGGUUCCCAGAAGCAUUCCAGGCCAGGUGGUGGCUUUAAGCAGCAUUCUGAGUGGCAUUCUCCUCAUGGCAUUUCCAGUCACCUCCAUCUUCCACACGUUUUCACGCUCCUACAUUGAGCUGAAGCAAGAGCAGGAAAGAAUCAUGUUCAGGAAAGCACAAUUCUUAUUAAAAACUAAGUCUCAGCUAAGUAAUGCAUCACAAAGGAAUGACAUUUUAUUUCCCAGUAUCUCUUCUGAGACUAGGGAAAAUGACUGAAAUUUAAGUUGCCAUAACUGUCUGAUAUUGGGCAAAGUUAUGCAGUCAGAUAUCCCAUCUUACCAUUUGCUUUGGAAGCAUUUAAAGAAAUCUAUAUACAAAUAGCAAGAAAGGGGAUUUUAGCCAUCAAGCUGAUACGGUUUUAAAAGCCUAUUAUUGAAGGCUUUUUCUUCUUUUCAACAAAAUGUACAGUUAAGACAGUUUUUCCCCGUGUGAUCAUGCAGUGGGAUAUUAGGAAUUUGAGUUCUCUGACUAAAAUGAGAACAAUGUAAAAUUACAUACUUGACAGACUGUGUGUGAUGUACCAUUUUCCAACCAAGACAUUAUGUAGGUAUUAAUUUUGAUCAUUAAAUAAGUUCUUUAUUUUCUUCAUGUAUAUAAAUAAUAUAAAGAUAACAAGUCCAAGUCUAAAUUCAUCCCUGGUGUACCUCCAUUGACUGUAGUAGAAUUAACCAAAUAUGUAAAUUACCCAUUGUGCCCUUAGAGAGGAUUAAACAAGGUGUGUGUCAUUUAGGGCAGGCAAACAUAAUAUUUUCCUUGUGAGCCUUUCCUGAAAAUAACAACAACAAUGAAGAGGAGCUAUUGGUUUCUGGGUGCUCUGGGACAGCCAUAUGCUGAAGAUGUAAAUACUUAUAGCUCAGCAGCUUCUAAACUUAUAUGGGCUUAUACUGUAGCUCUGAUAUAGUUCAACAAAAUAUUCCCAGUGAUGGGUAAGAGGGUCUUGAGUUUUAUGACAUCCAGUACAGAUGACAAAGAGAUAUCUAGCUGCAAAUUAAACUGAAUGUGCAUGAUAACAUCAUAGUAAUGAUGUCUGUUUCAAUAUUAUCCCUUUACACCCGAUAGAAAACAGAAAUUAAAAAAACUCUGUUUCUAGAUGAAGCUACAGCAUUACUAAUCAGGUUGAUGCUAGUGCUGUGCAUUGACUGUAUGGCAUCUGACUUCUUUAAAAAAAAAAAAGCAAAGAGUAUUACAACAAGUUGCCAGUGAUGUAAAAAGGAAAUAAUAUCAGUUGAGUCAUGGGAGACUAAGUCAGUCUCCCAUGACUCAAGACUGUAAGGUGUAAAGCUUUCAGCUAAUUAGCUCUUCCUUCACUGAUACAGCAGGCAUCAUAGCACUGAAGAAAAAUUAUCUUGGGAAACUUAAAGGCAACUAAAGAAGUGCAAUCCUGCAUCUUUUACUUUACUAGUCCUUAAACAAGUUAUUCUCUUUAAGUCAAUGAGACCAGGUGGGCAAGUAAGGCUUUCAGGACUGGGUCCUGAUCUGGCUCCCCCAGAAGUCAAUGACAAACCUCCCAUUCAUUUCAAUCAGAGCAGGUUUGGGCUUCAUGACAACUCAAGAGACAAAGUCCAGAACUUUAACAAAGAAAUCAAAUUGGUUGAUAUGUCUCUUCGUGAGUGUAUUGUGUUGAAAAUCUUAACUUUAGGUGAAGUUUCCCAGUUUAAAAGAACUGUGAAUUUCCUGUUCAUUAACUGUCAUGAGCCAAGAAAUAUGAAUGUUCCCAGCAUAUCUGCCAUCUCUCCUUAAACCUGUUUUUCAGAAUCCCUGUUCUGGUCUCUGAUCUCUCUUGAACAGGGACUUUCAGUCAUGCUAAACUAUAUGAUGGUUUUGUGAUUUAUAUCAAAGAGGUUGGGGAUGAAAUGCAAAACUCAUCUUAACUUGAAUUUUUGUCUGUGAAACGUGAAACCUAGUGUAUCAACCUACACUGAAUGGCCAAGUCUCCAUGUUACAGUGACCUGGUUUAACUAAUAAAAUAAUAUUAGAUAUAUACAAUUAUAAUAAUAGACAUCUUAUGUUUUCCUACUAAGAAAUAAUAGUUCAAACCUCCUUAGCACCUUUUAACCAGAGUUCUCAGAGCACUUUACAAACUCUAAUGAAUGAAGCCUCACAAAAUUGCUGUGAUAUAGGUAAAUAUUUCCGUGAAACUGAGACAUGAUGAGUCAAAUGAGUAGCCCAAGGUCACAGUAAUUGUGUGACACAUAAGUGAGUUGUAUUCCUAGCUGAACCCCAUUCUUGUGUUUUAAUUAGAGUUGAAAAAAACAGGGACUAUUUUUUCAUGAAAAAAUAAUCCCUUCUCCAUCAAAAAUAUUCUAAAUUCCAAAUGUUUUGACCAGCUGUAACUUUAACCACAACACAAGCACGCCACAUCUUCAUUCCUUUGUAUUAGCAUCCAUUAUAAAAGGAUUUGGUAAUGGGACUGUUUGAAAGAGUAACAUUACUUGUAUGUGUUUGCAGGAUUGGGCCCUAAAGGAGAAGCUGUAUGUCAAAAUAAACAUAAAUCAAGAGAUUAUGGGCCACAUCCUCAGCUCAGCUCCAUGCUAUGCCAUCUUACACCAUCUGAGGAUUUGGCCUAAUUUAAUCAAUGUAUGUUUAAAUCAGCAUUAAGUAAGUGUAUUUCAGAUAUUGUUUUUUCUGUUGCAAAAUUAUGGCCAAAUCCUGAAGUCAUGCCUUGAGUCAAAUCCUUAAGGGUACUAAGCACCAAGCCAGCCAGGGGAUUUGUCUGAGUCAGAAACAAGUAAGGAUUUCAGGAUGUAGCCCAUUGUAAUUUUGCACUUGGCAACAAAUAACUUGUAAGAGUAUCAACAUGUUGUACUAUGAAUCAUUGUAACAAAUUGCUUGUGUUUUACAGCAAAGUGAUAUAUGCUGUAGUUCUUAUGCUAAAUUAAUACAGCUAUAUGUCUUAGGAAUACAACAUUAGCAUUAAACCCACAUGCUGAGUUCCAGUUUCUACUGUGAAGGCUGAAGAUUUUAAAUGAUUAUAACUCUUGACAGUAUAUUAUCUCAAUUUUUAGACAAAUUUAUUAAAUUGUAGAUUGAUUCAAAAGCUGACUCUGAAAUGUUUCUAGCCACACAGCUGACAGCUACUGAGUCUGAUAUCUUUCCUUUCUUGCUUUUUAACAGCAUGUGAAGUUAACAAAAAGUUCCUAUAAAAACACUCUGUGCUUAAAUGAAGUACAAAGGAAUUGUUUAAAUUGCCUCUGAUAAAAAGUGGUACUUGUCAAAUAUCCUACUAGAGAUGAAUUUGCUUUGCUAUUUGUAUUAUCCUGUAUAUACAGCAAUAGUAUGUACAGUUUCAAAUUGAACAGUAGUAGCUAUAUUAAUUUUGAUUAAUAAAGAGUUGGGCUUUCUUUAUAUUUUCAUGUGCUUGCUUAUAGUGCAGGCUGGCUACCACAAGCAGCUGAAGCAUCAUCAGGGGAGCAAGGAGAUGAUGCAAUAGUAGAGCAAAUCUCAGAGCAGACAAAGACUUUCAUCCACCUUUAUCCUCUCUUAGUGACACAUUCCUCAUGCCUGAAUGCAAGAAGGGAGGGAUGGAAGAGGCUGCAAAGAAAGCAAAAGUGGGAGAACUUUCAUGGGUGAUUGACAUUCUGAGGUCCCACAUAGGAAGUGACUACCAGUUGGGAGAGAGGACUUGGGCAAUGAACAUCACUAGCUGAAGCAGGUUGGCUACAGAAGAGAGCUUUAGUCAGGAGUCAAAAUGUAUCUAUCUGCCUACAUACUUCUAGUGCACCCUUAGGCUCAAAGUGCCAAUUCAACAGCUUGAGUACAGGAACCCCUCUCUCACAUGUGUUUCUGAGAGCCAGAAACUUACCCAUUCCCCCCUGCCAGUCAGGACAUAGCUUUAAAACUGUUUGUAAAACUAAGUAAGAAUGGAAAGAGAAGAAAUCAGGGACAGAAAUUGGAGGAAUGAAUAGGAAGCAGAUGGGGAGUUCAAGUGAAGAGAAGAAUCCCCACAGAGACCUGCAUUUCCAGUUAGGAUGACAACACAUUAAAUUACACUCCUGAAAAUCUCUUCUUUUUUCUCACCUUUCUCAAAAGUGGCAAAAAAUAAAAUUCAGCAGAUCAGUGUAAAAAUCAUUUAAACACAUUUCUAUAACAAAGAAAUAGUGAGUUUCUCUUUGAUUUUCCCUCACUGAACAUCAUUUGAUGUGGAUCACUGACUGCAGUGGCAGUUUGCACACUGCCAUGCAUCUGGAAGAAUGGGAGACUUGCAUUAUACUUCCCUUACUAGAGGUUUACUCAAUGCCACUUCACCAUGAACUAUAUCCUGCAAUCCUUACUCAGGGAAAUCUCCCUUUGUGGCAGAUGUAGGAAUUGGGUCCCACUGUACCAUCAUUCCAUUGUACUUUCAGUCUUUCCUCUAUGAAUAUUCAAUACCUUUGGCUACAUCCUAUUAAACAAAAACCAUUUGUGCAGGGCUGAGUCACAGAUUCAUGCAUCAUCUAAUACAUGUAUCUGAGAAGGAAAACUGGCAUGUUCUGCACGCUCAUGAUGUGUGGGCAGAGUUUAGCUGAGUGUUCAGACUGAUGUAAAACCAAAAAUUGCUGUGGUGGAACAGCACCUCUUUUCCACUGCUCUUCUUGUCUAUUGAGAAGAGUUAGUCUUUAUAGGAUCCUUCAAUAAAAAUACCCUAUCAUAGGUGAGGCAGGACUAACCCUUGGACAACAGUUUUAGUCUUCAGUUGUACAGUACCACCAGUUCCCACCCCCAUCCCCCAUUCAAUUGUUUACUGCACAUCCUAGUAAUUACAUAGUGCCCAUUAAAUCCAGAUGUAGUGCCCAGAAAGGAGCUGGCCUGUAUCAGCUCAGAGCAGUUAGAUAACACAGUAGCAGAUAACAGAUACUAAGAGAUUCAGGACUGACCAACACAUUAACUGUACCCUGUAUUAUAGGAGAGAUUUUUUUUAAAAAAGAGUUAAUGAGUUAAAAAACAAAGAAACUGAUAAAUAUUUCUGAUAAAACUAAGAAACACCAAAUCCAGGGGCGGCUCUAGACAUUUCGCCGCCCCAAGCCGCGGGACCAGUGGACUCUCCGCAGGCACACCUGCGGGAGGUCCACCGGAGCCACCGGACCAG